AUGAUGUGGUUCAAAACAAACAUUAUUUUGGCCAUAUAUCUUAUUGUUGGCCUAAAUGCUAAAGAAGUAAAUGCUAACAUAGAAAAAUAUAUGGAAGAUGGAUAUUUAAACAUCAAAGAUUUGAAAACGAGGCGCAUUAUAAAGGAAAUAAAUGCGGAACGAAUGCGCCAUAAUCAAUGCCAUCAUCGAAAUGGUGACAGUAUUUUGGAUGAGAAAUGGAUUGUUGACACGAAUGAUGUACAAAAUUUGGGUCGUAUCGCAAUGCUACUAAAAACGAAAGAAACUUUUGAUCAAACGUUAAUUCCUGCACCAUCCAAGAAAGCAAGCACAAGUCGACUUUGUGGUACAAAAUUAGUGGAUGCAAUCAUCAAACUGUGCAAUGGUUGUGUGAAACCUGUUGGUAGUAAAGCUGUUAGCAUUAAACGAU